CGAAUUGUGGAAUCCAGAUUUUUUAUCGUUAUAGGGUAGCCUACCAGUGCUGUUUCACGUAUAGGGGUAUUGUUUGUCUUGUUUUAUGUUUGCUCAUCAUUAGCUAAAUUGGGGUGUUUUGAAUGUUAGAGGGGAUUAAAAUUAAAGUUGUGAAAUUGAAGGCAACGCUUGAGGUUAAUGGAAGUUAUCUGAGGCUUGUGUGAACAGGGAUUAUGCGCUUUUAUUCUUUUUCGGCAAACCCUGGCUUAGCAAGUAGGGAUGAGGUUUGGAGGCCCAUGAGGCUGAAAUCCCUGUUAGUAUUUAUUGAAUGAUUGUGCCGUGCAGGGCUCUGUUCUGGAUACUGUCGCGGGAUCCAGAGACUUUUGAAUAUUUAUAACAAUACCUUUUCCAAAGAAACCUAGAAAGAAAAAAGACUGACUUACGUGGUCACAUGAAUUAUUCUAGUAGUAGUACACUCUGGGAGGGAGGAGGGAUCUCAGUGGGGAGAACGUAAAUGCUUCCAGGAGGGAAUAGUUUGAGGUGGGCCUUUCUGAUUGCAUGAGAUGGUAACAAACUCAGGGAGUGGCGCUGGGUUUCAGGAAGUCAGGGAACAGAAAAGGAUGGAUGUAUUUAGGGAUAAAAUAGUUUGCUGAAAGGGGAGACCAUUCCAAGCAGAAGAAACAAAUUAUAGCUUCCUACUAUCGGACCACUUUCUAUCAGGGAGACAGUUCUUGACCUUUAUCUGUACCUCCAUUGCAUUGAUCUUUCCGUUUUCUACCCACUGCACCCCCUUUUCCACAACGUAUGUCGCUCCCUUGAAAAAUUAUCUUGUCCCUUCCUGCACUUUGUUUUCUGACAAAACUCUUACUCUGGAUGAACUCAACUAUUUGCCCUCUUUGUACCUGCCCCUAUGCGGCUGAACUUUGCUGGAAAAAGUCCUGCGCAAAUUGAUGAUAGUAUAAAGCGAAAAUGGCCAAACUCUUGAAUAUUAACUCAGGAUGGACUUGAGAUCCUUCUGAUACUGUUUCUCUAGUGAGCCUACUUUCUAACUUUCUCCAGUGACAAUUCCCCAAACUCUAUAACCUCUGUCUGCCUCUUUCUUAAUUUCGGGUAAUGACUUUGCAAGUCAGGUCAAUUCUGCAUCUAAUCUGCCUACUUUUUUCCUCCUUCACUAUCACACCCAACUUCAAAUCAUCCACAUUUUCUCACCUCAGCUACUACUGUAUCUUCCUGACUUAUGUCUCUGUUUUCUAUUUUGUGCCCCUCUCAUCCCUUCUUCAUUCAGCAGAAAAAAGUGACUCAUGUCAGAUUCUUCAGUGAAUUACAUUGCCCUUAGAAGUUAGAAUAAAGUCCAGACUCCUAACCGUGGCCUAUAAAAAUCCUUGGUCUGGGCUUUGCUGAUAUCUUUAGCAGGAUCUCUUGUCAUUCACCUCCCCUCCUGCUUUCACAUAGCUGGCUUCUUAAUCUUUAGGUUUUAAAGUAUGUCACCACCAGAGACCUUACCAGAUCAAACUAUCUAAGACAGGCACCGUGAUUUCUCUUGCACUCUCUAACCCUAGAUGUUCUGGAAUACAGCAUCCUGCUUCUGCCAUUUUACUUAUUACAAUCUGUAUUUAUUGACUGAUUGAUUGAUUGAUUGAGAUGGAGUCUUGCUCUAUAGCCCAGGCUGGAGUGCAGUGCCGCAAUCUUGGCUCACUGCAGCCACUGUCUCCCGGGUUCCAGUUCAAGCAGUUCUCUUACCUCAGCCUCCCAAGUAGCUGAGAUUACAGGCACAAGCCACCAUGCCUAGCUAAUUUUUGUAUUUUUUUAGUAGAGACGGGGUUUCACCAUGUUGGCUAGUCUGGUCUUGAACUCCUGACCUUGUGAUCCACCCACCUUGGUCUCCCAAAAUGCUGGGAUUACAGGCGUGAGCCACUGCACCCGGCCUGUAAUUAUUUAUUUUUUCCGUUCUGUCAUAAGUUCCUUGAGGGCAGGACUUAUGUCUCUUUCAUUCACCACCAUGUUCCCAGCUGCAAGUACAAUGACAGGCACAUAGUUGGCACUUGCUACAUGUUUGCUGAGUGAAUGAAUAAAGGCACUCUAGGCCAAAUCCAGAGGCAAAAGGAGAAAGCAUGGCAUGGGCCAAGAAUUGAAAGAAGUCGAUGUCAGAAGUGGUGAGCAUGCCAAACCUUUUACACCAGAGAAAGCAAAAGAAAUUAUCAUGUCUUUACAACAACCUGCCAUCUUCUGUAACAUGGUGUUUGAUUGGCCAGCACGACACUGGAAUGCUGAAUACCUUUCAGAGGUCCUUCAUGGCAAACAGAUACGAUUCAGAAUGGGGAUGAAAAGCACCAGCACAGUUCCUCAAUUUGAAACUACAUGUAGUUACGUAGAAGCUACACUUGAAGAGUUUCUGACCUGGAACUGUGACCAGUCUAGUAUUUCUGGACCAUUUAGAGAUUAUGAUCAUUCCAAGUUCUGGGCUUAUGCUGACUAUAAAUAUUUUCUCAGUCUAUUUGAAGAUAAGACAGAUAUUUUCCAGGAUGUGAAAUGGUCUGACUUCGGGUUUCCUGGAAGAAAUGGACAGGAAAGUACAUUGUGGAUUGGCUCCUUGGGAGCCCACACAACCUGUCAUCUGGACUCCUAUGGUUGUAACUUGGUAUUCCAGGUACAAGGAAGGAAACGAUGGCAUCUCUUUCCUCCUGAAGAUACUCCUUUCCUUUAUCCAACUAGAAUCCCUUAUGAAGAAUCUAGUGUGUUCAGUAAAAUCAAUGUUGUCAAUCCUGAUUUAAAGCGUUUUCCUCAGUUCCAGAAAGCUCAAAGACAUAUGGUUACACUGAACCCAGGACAGGUUCUGUUUGUUCCCAGACACUGGUGGCAUUACGUAGAAUCCAUUGAUCCUGUCACUGUCAGCAUAAACUCCUGGAUCGAACUGGAAGAGGAUCACCUAGCCCGGGUAGAAGAAGCAAUCACCCGUAUGCUUGUGUGUGCCCUGAAAACUGCAGAAAAUCCACAAAAUACAAGAGCCUGGUUAAACCCUACUGAGGUUGAGGAAACAUCCCAUGAAGUAAACUGUUGCUACUUAAAUGCAGCUGUUUCUGCAUUUUUUGAUCACUGCAGAACAUCUAAGGUAGUAGAAAUCCAAACACUGAGAACAUAUGGAGACCACAUGAAAAAGGAAGAAUUCAGUGUGUGCGACCACGUGGAGGUGGGCCAAACAGGUAGCCAGAACUUAACCACGGGAAUAGGCAAACUGGAGGCAGCAAGUCACUUUGGGCCAGAUCUGGUCCCUGUAGCACAGAGGUCCGAAGAACCAUCUUCAGAAAGAGGAGGCAUGUUUGAAAGUGAUGGGAAAGACUUUGUAGACAAGGAUGGAGAACACUUUGCAAAACUGCGUUGUGCCAAGAGGCAACAAAUAAUGAGCAACAGUGAAAAUGCAGUUGAGGAAGAGAUUGUCUCAAAUACUACUGCGGUUCCUUCUCAAACAUUCAUUUCUACAGAUGACUUGCUCGACUGCUUGGUGAAUCCACAAGUAACCAGGAUAGUGGCACAACUUUUGAUACAAAGAAGUUUAUGAUUCUAGUGGAAGAUGACUUUUAAAAUAACAUUUUUUAAUUAUCUAUUUUUAAGUAGUAGGAUCAUAAAAUAAAGAUGAACCAGCAAAAGUUCAGUUUGCGUGUUUGUAAAUGUAUUUAUCCUUACCAAAUUACAUUUCAGUCUGUUGCCACUGCCUUUCAUGCACAUUCCUCUUUGGCCAAACUGGCUGUUCUUUAUUUGUAAGCUUUUUUUCCUCCCUCAUGCCAUCCUUUCAGCCUGUCUCAAAUGUAAGUCCCAAGUAUUUCCAGCAGGAAGUAAUCUCUCCAUCAGUUUCAGGGGGCCAGCCUGCUGCUUACUUUUGCAGAUAAAAUUUUACUGGAACA